AUGGACAAACGCAUAGUCAGCAUUUGUCCCCACAUAUCAACAUAUACAUACUUAACAAUAAUAAUAAUAUACUAUAAAUAUGCAUUGUAUUGGCGUGGUCCACAGAUAGCGAAUGGUAAGCCAUCGGAUUGGGAUGAUUCCCGUCCGACACUGCCUCUGUGUGAACUACCCGAAUUGGGCUUUGUGUCGUGUGUAACGCGUAUCGACGGUGAGGAAAAGGAAUGGUUUGGAUGUUUUUCAAAUUUUGAUCGCAUGUUGCGUGUGGUAGCAUAUAUGCGACGUUUUAUAAGUGCUUGUCACCAUAGUGUCGCGCUGCGGCAGCGCGGGGUGACAAAGUCGUUAGUAGUGCAAAAUUCAAAUGUAACCGGUCCCACAUUUUGGCGGAAAAAUGAACUAGACUGCACCGCGCGUACGCUGAUUGCGGAGUCGCAGCGCGUACAAUUUGCCGAGUUAAUUCGGGAACUGACUGCUGGGGACCGCAUUUCUUCUAAACCCAUCGCGCGAUUGGCCCCAUUCAUCAAUGCGGACGGUUUGGUUCACAUAGGUGGUCGUCUACGGCACUCGCUGUUAAAAUAUGACUGUAAACAUCCAGUCCUGCUAGCAAAACGGUCGCAUUACACAUUAUUAUUGUGCCGCCGAUGGCAUUUAUUAGCGGGUCACGCGGGUAAACGGGUUUUGAUUGCGUUAAUUUCCCGCCAGUAUUGGGUGAUAGCGAUUCGCUCCGUUUUGCACAACAUUUUAGUAAAUUGCACGGUAUGUGUAAGACUUGACGCGAAACCAGUGUGUCCAUUUAUGGCCGAUUUACCCAUUUCGCGCGUACAGCCACGCCGACCGUUCGAGCGGGUAGGAGUUUAUUAUGCGGGCCCUUUACAGUUAAAAGAGUUGCGGUUGCGCAAAUCCCGUAUCUAUAAAGUGUAUAUUGCCGUGUUCGUGUGUUUUACGACAAAGGCCGUGCACCUUGAAGUCGUGACCGAGUUGUCUACCGACGCGUUUUUAGCUGCUUUUGAUCGAUUUGUCGCGCGCCGUGGAUUACCAGCCGAUGUGUAUUCAGACUGCGGUACCAACUUUGUCGGCGCCGACAAACAACUGCGCGCAUUAAUUCAAAGUGAUGAAGGCCAGAAUGCUGUUGCGAAUUUUUGCGCGAUGUGUACAUGGCAUUUUAACCCACCGAGUGCUCCUCACUUUGGAGGAUUGUGGGAGGCGGCUGUGCGAUCUAUUAAACCGAUGAUGAUUCCACUUGUUGGGUUUUAUCUUCCGAACAAUUACAUUUUCUUCGGUUAUACUGAAAGAUGA